AAUGGAAGAGACGGACACAACGAUGGUUCCUCAAAACACUUCUGGAGAGACCUCACAGAAUGAAGCUUUUAUAAAAGUUAAAGGCAAAUCUCGAAAAAGAAGACAUGCACAGGAUGAUAACAGCAAGGAAUCUCGAAUGGAAACAUCAGAAACCGCUGUCAAGAGACCUCACUUUGCCCCGAUCAGUGGUGAAAAACUAAUGGGUGGAAGGUCAGAGUUAAGAAAGAUUCCUGUUCCAGCUAAUAGGUACACACCAUUGAAGGAAAACUGGCUGAAAAUUUUCACACCCAUCGUGGAAAACCUGAACUUACAAGUGCGAUUUAAUCUAAAAACCAGGAAUGUGGAAAUAAAGACUUGUAAAGAAACAUCUGAUAUUGGAGCUCUACAGAAGGCUGCAGAUUUUGUGAAGGCUUUUACUCUGGGAUUUGAAGUAGAGGAUGCUUUGGCAUUGGUCAGGUUGGAUGACCUAUAUUUAGAAUCUUUUCAGAUACAAGAUGUCAAACCAUUGAAGGGAGAUCAUUUAGCAAGAGCUAUUGGCAGAAUUGCAGGUAAAAACGGGAAGACGAAGUUCACAAUAGAGAAUGUGACCAAAAGCAGGAUUGUCUUAGCAGACAGUAAAAUCCACAUUUUAGGCUCAUUCCAGAACAUCAAAGUGGCGAGAACAGCCAUUUGUAAUUUAAUAUUAGGAAGUCCUCCCUCCAAGGUGUACGGAAACAUGCGAGCAGUGGCAGCCAGAUCUGCAGAGAGAUUCUAAAUAAAUUAUUGCAUUUGUA